AUGUCCAAUUUUACCUUGAGAAAAACAUCUCCCACAGGAAAUGAUAUGAAGAGUACCACUCAGGGGACUACACUGAAGCAACAGGGUUUGCACGAUGUGAACAAAAGGAGGACUUUCUUACAGGAUAACAGCUGGAUAAAGGAACGUCCUGAAGAAGAAAAAGAUGAAAAUUAUGGUAGGGUGGUACUCCUUAGACGUAACUCCCAUGAUGCCUCAGACAGGAAAACAAACGAGAGGGAUGAGCCAAAAGCCACAAUCAGUUGGCACAGAUCUGAUGACACAUUGGACAGGAUCUCAGACAGAAAUGAUGCUGCUAAAAUAUAUAAGGCCAAUACCCUGGAUAACCGACUAACCAACAGAAACACGUCCACGUUUCGGUCACCAGAAGAGACAAAGAUGCAACCUGGAGGUUUGUUCAGUGCAAAUGCCACAAACACCCCAGCUUCCAACUCUGCUACUACUCCUGUAAAGAAAAAGAGACAGUCCUGGUUUCCACCGCCACCUCCAGGUUAUAAGGCCGCCCCAAGCACAGGAGCGAGCAGAAGGGAACCAACUGUUCACCCUCCAAUACCUCCAAAGCCCAGUUCUCCUGUUUCAUCUCCUAACCAGCUGAGGCGGGAUAACAGGCAGAUAUGUCCACCUAAACCAAGUGCAUAUACAGAAACCAACAGAUCUGCUGAAAGAAAUAUAAGGGGUCAGGAUCUUGAAAACAUCAUCAAAGUGGCCACUUCAUUGCAGAAAGCUGACAAGGGUGAAGAAUUAGAUAAUCUCAUCAAAAUGAACAAAAGCUUGAAUAGAAAUAAGGGUACUGAAGGUCUCUUUAGAGCAAAUCUUAACGCAGAGCCAACAGAGAGUGUACCCCAAAGCCUUGAAAAUCUCAUUGUUGUGAAUACCCAGACAGACAAAGAUGGCAAAGGAAACCAAGGCCUUGGAAGUCUUAUUAAAGUUAAUCAAAGGACUGACAAAAACAAGAAAGGAAUCCAAGAUCUCAAAACAGUUAUCAAAGCAAAUGCUAGGACAGAUCAGACUAGCAGAGGAGGUGAAGACCUUGAUAAUGUUAUCAAAGUGAAUCCCAAAGAAAGUGAAAACACCACUGGGAAACAAGACCUCAAUGGGCUUAUUAAAGAGAAUCCUGAAACAAAUAAAAAUAUCAAGAGGGGCCAGAGCCUUGAAAAUCUCAUCAAAGUGACCCCUGAAAUAAACAGAAGUAACCCAGGGGGCCAAAGUCUUGACAAUCUCAUCAAAGUGGCUCCAGAAACAAACAGAACUAACCAAGGGAACCAGGACCUGAACAAUCUUAUCAAAGUGACUCCCUCAGCAAAAAUAAGCAGUGAACAAGAUCUUGAUGAACUUAUUAACAUAAGCCCCAAAGCUGUCAAAAACACAGCCGGAAAUCAAGAUCUUGAUAAGCUCAUCAAAGUGGAUCCUGAAACUGUUUCCAACAACCAAAGAAACCGGGAUCUCAAUAACCUCGUCAAAGUGAAUCCUGAAGUAAUCAGAAGCAAUCAAAGCCAAGCUUUGGACAAUCUUAUUGAAGUGAAACCUUCACCUCUCAUAAAUACUAAGCGAAACCAGGACCUAGAAAAUUUAAUUGAAGUAAAUUCCAAUAUGUCUAAGAGUAAAAAUGAAAGCUCCAAUGCUGAACCCAGGCAUGCAGGACCAAAGGAUACUGUUGUGUACACAAGGACGUAUGUGGAGAAUAGUAAAUCACCAAAGGAUAGAUAUCAGGAGAGUAUCUCUGGAAAAUACAUACAAACCAUUUAUUCGACUUCAGAUAGGUCUGUCAUUGAAAUGGAUAUGUGCACUUACUGUCGAAAACCCUUGGGCACAGAAGCUAAGAUGAUUUUAAAUGAAUUACAAAUUUGCUGCCAUUCCACUUGCUUCAAGUGUGAAAUAUGCAAACAACCUUUGGAAAACCUACAAGCCGGUGACAGUAUUUGGAUUUAUAAACAGACAAUACAUUGUGAAUCUUGCUACUCUCAAGUUGUAGCAAACCGGCGGGCAAACGCUGCCCUCCUGCAGGGCAGGCACCUGCUGCGGCUGCUUUUUCUAGAACCCCGCCCCUGGCUCCGAAGUCAGUUCAGUUCGCUCCCUCCCCCGCGGCGGGAGGAAGUGCCAGUGGCGGGAAAGUUCGGGCCAGGUCCAAUCAGGCACCUGGGAUUGGGUAGCGCGGCCGGGGGCGGUGGCCCCAGGACCCCAGCCCGUACUCCCGGCCCCGCCCCUCGGGAACGCCUCGCCCCCCGGCUGGUCCGAUACUCCCGCCCCGCCCACCCGGCGCCCGCGCCCCGCCCCGCCCGGGGGCCGCAGCUAAAACCCGGAGCCGCCGCAGCGCCCAAGGGACUGGAGGGAGGCUCUGAGCAUGUGCAGAGCUGCGCGGCGGCGGCUGCCUCGGUGAGAGGCAGCGGCCCGGUGCUGAUGCGAACAGCCGCCUCGGCCUCUGCCCCACCGUAG